CUCCCCGCCCAGCCGCGGUCGCUCGGGCUCCAGCUCUUGGUUACAAGAUGGCGGCGCUGAGCGGCGGCGGCGGCGGCGGCGCGGAGCAGGGCCCCGCUCUCUUCAACGGGGACAUGGAUCCCGAGGCUGGCGCCGGCUCGGCGUCCUCCGCCGAGCCGGCCAUCCCCGAGGAGGUGUGGAACAUCAAGCAAAUGAUUAAAUUGACACAGGAACACAUAGAGGCCCUAUUGGACAAGUUCGGAGGGGAACAUAAUCCACCAUCAAUCUACCUGGAGGCCUAUGAAGAAUAUACCAGCAAGCUAGAUGCACUUCAACAACGGGAACAACAAUUAUUAGAGUCCAUGGGGAAUGGAACUGAUUUUUCUGUUUCUAGCUCAGCUUCAACAGACACAGUUACAUCUUCUUCCUCUUCUAGCCUUUCAGUGGCACCUUCAUCUCUUGCAGUUUUUCAGAAUCCUACAGAUGUAUCAAGAAGCAACCCUAAGUCACCACAAAAACCAAUUGUUAGAGUCUUCCUGCCCAACAAACAGAGGACUGUGGUGCCAGCAAGAUGUGGGGUGACAGUCCGAGACAGUCUAAAGAAAGCAUUGAUGAUGAGAGGCCUGAUCCCAGAAUGCUGUGCUGUGUACAGAAGACAGGAUGGAGAGAAGAAGCCUAUUGGCUGGGACACUGAUAUUUCCUGGCUUACUGGAGAAGAAUUGCACGUAGAAGUUUUGGAGAAUGUUCCCCUAACGACACACAAUUUUGUACGGAAGACAUUUUUUACCUUAGCAUUCUGUGACUUUUGUCGAAAGUUGCUUUUCCAAGGUUUCCGCUGUCAGACAUGUGGUUACAAAUUUCACCAACGCUGUAGUACAGAGGUGCCACUGAUGUGUGUUAAUUAUGACCAGCUUGAUUUGCUGUUUGUCUCCAAGUUCUUUGAACACCACCCAAUACCGCAGGAGGAGGCCUCCUUAGGAGAGAGCACCCUUACGUCGGGAUCAUCCCCUUCAGCACCCCCCUCAGAUUCUAUUGGGCCCCCAAUUCUUACCAGUCCAUCGCCUUCAAAAUCCAUUCCAAUCCCACAGCCUUUUCGACCAGCAGAUGAGGAUCAUCGGAACCAGUUUGGGCAACGAGACCGGUCCUCAUCGGCUCCCAAUGUGCAUAUAAAUACAAUAGAACCUGUCAAUAUUGAUGACUUGAUUAGAGACCAAGGGUUACGGGGUGAUGGAGCCCCCUUGAACCAACUGAUGCGCUGUCUUCGGAAAUACCAAUCCCGGACUCCCAGUCCCCUCCUACAUUCUGUCCCCAGUGAAAUAGUGUUUGAUUUUGAGCCUGGCCCAGUGUUCAGAGGGUCAACCACAGGCUUGUCUGCCACCCCUCCUGCUUCCUUGCCUGGAUCUUUAACUAAUGUGAAAGCAUUACAAAAAUCUCCAGGACCUCAGCGUGAAAGAAAAUCUUCAUCAUCUUCUGAAGACAGGAAUAGAAUGAAAACCCUUGGUCGACGGGACUCAAGUGAUGAUUGGGAGAUUCCAGAUGGGCAGAUUACAGUUGGACAAAGGAUAGGAUCUGGAUCAUUUGGAACAGUCUACAAGGGAAAAUGGCAUGGUGAUGUAGCUGUGAAAAUGUUGAAUGUGACAGCACCCACACCUCAGCAGUUACAGGCUUUCAAAAAUGAAGUAGGAGUGCUCAGGAAAACGCGACAUGUGAAUAUCCUACUCUUUAUGGGCUAUUCAACAAAACCACAGUUGGCCAUUGUUACACAGUGGUGUGAAGGCUCCAGUUUAUAUCACCAUCUACAUAUCAUUGAGACCAAAUUUGAGAUGAUCAAGCUAAUAGAUAUUGCACGGCAAACAGCACAAGGCAUGGAUUACUUACACGCCAAGUCAAUCAUCCACAGAGACCUCAAGAGUAAUAAUAUAUUUCUUCAUGAAGACCUCACAGUAAAAAUAGGGGAUUUUGGUCUGGCUACAGUAAAAUCUCGGUGGAGUGGCUCCCAUCAGUUUGAACAGUUGUCUGGAUCUAUCUUGUGGAUGGCACCAGAGGUCAUUAGAAUGCAAGAUAAAAACCCAUAUAGCUUUCAAUCAGAUGUAUAUGCGUUUGGGAUUGUUCUGUAUGAGUUGAUGACGGGACAAUUACCUUACUCAAACAUCAACAACAGGGACCAGAUAAUUUUUAUGGUGGGGCGAGGAUACCUGUCUCCAGAUCUCAGUAAGGUGCGGAGUAAUUGUCCAAAAGCCAUGAAGAGGUUAAUGGCAGAGUGCCUGAAGAAGAAGAGAGAUGAGAGGCCACUUUUUCCCCAGGAGAAUUUGCCGCCUUCAAGUAGCCACACCAUCAUGGCAGCAUCUACUCUUUAUUAUUUCUUAAGUCUUGUGUUCCUACAGUUUCUUAACAUCAAAACUCAGUUCUGUUCCUCAAAACCUUUUUUAAAGAUACAGAAAUUUCAGUGCAUAAGCUAGAGUGGAACAGAAUGAAAUUUCCCCUCCAACAAAAGAGGGAAGACUAUUUUAGGAACCAGAACUCUGUGCUGCCAGUGUUUCUUCUUCAACAGACACCACGUGCACUAACCACGCCUGCCCACUCCCUGGAGGAGAGAGGAGAGACCGUGCGUUCUGACCUUUGGGGGUUCAGGCAGGAUGGGAAGGAACUGCUGCUACGGCUUGGGAGAUUGGCUAUGGAAAGUCUGCAGAUCAACUUUUCUCCUUCUAACCACCUGGCCAAUAAAUGGCAGAUCAUCUGAUGGGGCAAUUCCAAUCACAAGAAUCAUUCCUUUUUCUGUUUUGGGAUUUUGUCAUGGGUUUUUUUUCCUCCUUUCCUGGUGUACCUUUUGAGAGCUGGAACAAAAAUGCAGUAUAGCCCUUUCAAUGUUAUGUAUGUCCAAUAUUCAUCCAUAUUUUCAGAUUUAUCCCCCAAAAAGAUAAUUUUUUUAUUGGGAAGGGGUACAGGAACACUGUGCAGCUGGGUCAGGAAAAAAAGGGAAUACAGCGUAUUUUUUUCCAGGUCUACUCUGGUAUCUCUUCUAUUUCCUUUCCAAACUAUCGCGUGUGGCUCAGUGAGGGUGCCUUCUAAGCAGGCUAGAAUAUGUUCACACACACUGGGUCUUUCUCAUUGGUCCAGCCACCAAAAAAUGCUUGUUUGUUGUUUAAUAUGCCAGGUCCUCAAUGUACGUCCAUUGAGACAGUACUAUGAAUUUAAUUUUUAAGGUCAGUCAAUCAACAAAUAUUUAUUGAGUGCCUAUUGUGUGUGAGGCACAAGAUACCACCGUGGUAUCUGACUGUAAUUGAUAAAAAUUAUUUGAUAAAGGAUAUGAUUGAUAAAUGGUUUUAUAAAUUGAAAAUUAAGGUACAUAUUUAACACUGAGUACCUUCCCAGUAUGGAUUAUUAAAUAAUGAAAAAUAAUUCUCAGGGUGAAUUGAGUCACAAUAAAAUACAGCACCUUCCCCUGAAUCAGACAUUCUGAAAGUGGUAUUUGGGGUAUGGAAUGAUUUUUUUAAGAAGGAAAAGAAAGAUGGGGAUUUUUAUCACCUUAUAUGUCCUUUAAUAAGUUUGUAUACUUAUGGGGAAGCUUGUCAUAAUGACAAGUGUUUACAUCAUUUUUAUUAAUGGUUCUGGCUGGAUCUACACUAACACCUUGUUUCAUUUCUUCCCACUCUCUUUUGCUCUGCCGAGUUUUCUCCUUUAUCUAGUUUGCAACCUAAAAUAAAAAUGGUGGUGUGUGCAUUAAUUUUCCUUCUUCCUUUCUUCUCAAGCCUGGUCUUCAAAAGGUUGGUAACUUUGGAACUAAGUUUCUCAGGGAACAUAUAGAGUCACAAAUGAAGAUGAGAGGAAUUGCAGGAGGAUGUUUUGAUGUGCUCAGUUUGCAGAAUUUUGAUGCUAGAUAUCAGUUAUUUGUUAGAAAUAGAUGCUGAUGAGGUUAGAGAAAUCAUUACUCUAUCUCAGCAUAAAACAGAAAUGUUACCCACUCACAGCAUCUUUCAUUCUUUUUCUGAAGGUGAACACUAAUCAUAAUAGUAGUAAAGAAAGUGAUUGUGUGUGAAUGGUCUGGUUAAAUUUCCCCCUAAUGAUAAUACAAUCAUUCACUUAGGUGUAGGAAAGAAAAUUAGUUGUACAGUAGGUUUAACCAGCAAAACACAAGAGGCCAACAACCUGCAUGAAAUUGGGCACAGCCUAAAAUAAAUCAGGGAACAAGAAAAUAAUACUUUCAUUUCAAAGUAUAGCUUAUUGCACUCACUACUCCUAUACUCCUAGCUACUUAAGCUCACUGCUAUCUGAUGCAUUUUUUAAAAAAUAUUUCCAAAUAUAGGAUAGCCAGCUGGAAGUUUUAUGGAGUGGUCAAAAUUUACCGCUCGCAAAGUAGAUAAAGCUCCAAAUGUUCAGGAAUGAGUAAUCAAUUUGAAAUGAAAUGUAUUCUUAAUUAUUCCAAUCCGUAUGAACAAAGAUAUGUGAUAUAGAAAUGGCUGAGACUGAGAAUGAUUCUAACUGGCAUGUUUCUUGUGUGUGUGUGGUGUAUCCUCUUUUCUUCAGAUGUUGUGUUUGGUUUUUAUUUUUAGUAUAUAAGCUUUGUCCCCACAGAUGCUGUAUAGGGUUAUUUUCCUCUUAGAUUAUUGUACAGUUUCUUUCCCAGGGUGAAAGUGAGCAACAGUAAGUUUAUUCAGUGCUCCUUUGAAAUAAAUAGAACCUGCUGGAGUGAUGCUGAAUCAAGGACUACCUCAGCAAAUAAAUACAGGGAAAGGAGCUGCUUAUGGAAGAAGCUUAGAGGGUCAUAUUUGAGAUUUUACACACUUCAGAGAUGCUGCUUUUUACUUCCCCUUCAUUGGGUUGCCAUCUUAUUUGAAAAGAAAAAAGGGAACUUGACUUGUAUAAGCUGGCUUUAAAAUGAAGAUGAGUCCAGAGUCCAAAGCUCAGGGUAUCGUUGAGUGAUUUCAGGUCACUUUUUUUUAAUCCCUUUUUCACUUCCAUUUAAUUUUUUUUAACACAACUGUUCCUUUUCCACUUCUUUCACUCAGUCUUAAAAAGGGUUUCCUUUGCUUUUCUUUUGCUUUAUUAUUUGAUGUUUCAGACUCUAAAUAGACUAGAACCUGUAAGUUCCUAAGAAAAAUACAAGGAAACAGUCCUUGUUUGUGCAAAGCACUUUAUGAAUAAUGCAAUGUAAUGUGCACAUUAUGUAGCUGCUUUAUUAAUGAUCUUUUAAGGUUGUGAUUCUGCUGCCUUACUAGUUUGCUUUUCAUAUGGUGGCUGCAGUGCCUUCAUCUUAUUUUUGGUCAUGCUAGGUGAAUAAAAGUUAAAACCUUUUGAAAAACUGGGAACAACUGCAAAGGAUUCAGUUUUAGGCUUGAUGUUCUGAUUCAUUCAUUCUUCAGUAUCCUGAACAUUUACUGAAUAUUAAAAUAAUAUUCAUCAGGAGAUUAAUGUUAUGAGGUUUUAUGGAAAAAAAAAGAAAAAAAAGCCCAAAGUGAUCAUCUGUACUGCAUCCCCUUCUGUAAAGGGCCUAGAUGUGGAACUGGUAAGCAAAUUAGCUGUCAAAUACUGUUACAGGAACCUGUCAGCAAAUGUGAGACUUAGAGCUCAGGAACUCAUAGCAGUGAUACUUUUUACAUUUACAUUGAGAUUGUGGAAGAAAAUCAUAGUGCCAUGUAACUUUAAAAAUACUACAACAACCUCAGUAGCGUGCUCUUCCAAAACCCUGGAAAUGCUCCCCCAGCUCAAUCUGGGCACCCACAAAAAGCCACUGUUGUAGGCCCCCAGGCAGAUCUCGUUCUGUUUCCAUGCGUAUAUUUUCAUCUCAGUGCUUGAUGCUAGCAGGAUGUCCUACAACGGAUAAGAUGAAUAAAAGAGAACAUCUCUAAUUUGGAAUAUGUUGAUAUUCUCAAUACAUUCAUUGAUGUGUUCAUUCAGAUGAUCCCUUACUUUUGUAAAGUAGAAGUUGUUUCAAAUAUCCCAGGCCUAGGACUCAUAUGAAUAAAGUGAAGAUUUCAGUUUUAUCCCAAAGGGCAGAUAGUACACACUUUUGUACUAACUAUUGAAAAGAUGUGGAAAGGUCAUAUUCAUUGAAAAUGGUGCAAGAAUGGUACCAAGGAAGGCCUGAUCUGUUUGGGUGCUGCAUUUUGAUACUUUUACCCCUAAGUCUGUUGUAUGAAGGGAAAGGAAGAAGGGAAGGGAAGAAGCAUUUUUCAAAGUGCCUACUAUGUGACAGGCACUGUGCUAUAAUAAGCUCUUUACAGAUAGUAUAAAAUAGAUGAUGUGGCAUUACUUUUAUUAACACUGAUUUGAUUUCAGGAAGAUGGCUUGCUAGAAGCACAUAUUCUGUGUUAGCUUCAAUUAGUCUCCAAACUGUCACAUGUGCAGAAAAAAAAUUAAAUAAAUCUUUAUCAAAUAUUUCACUAGCUUUUUACCUAGGCAGACGAGCCACGAGAGCAGGUUUUGCAGACAUUUUGGAAAACAUCCUUAUUUUUCCAAGUUGCCAUUUUAGCACCUAGCAAGUCAGCACCUUGAGAAUGACAAAUGGGCAUAAAUGUAUGGCAGUGGAAGACCUUUUUUAAAAAACUAGCUAGAGAUGCUAAAGGGACAAAGGCAAACUAGUCAAUGACAAACAAUGUGCUCCUUGACGUUGAAUGAAAACCUCUAUUCAAGGCCCUAACAUGACACUGCAUGCGAGGCUCAAGUAGUUACCUUUACAAUUUGCCAAAUGAUCUCACUGUGCCUUUGUGAUGCAAUAAAAUCUAAAAUAUAGCAGAAAUACUCUUUCAUGAGAGCAGUGACUUGGGUUUUAAUUGCUGUUCCUUAUUAUUUGGAUAAAACAGCAUGGACAUUAUCCCCCCUGCCCCCUCAAAAAAAAAAAAGCAUCUUCUUCAGAUUUUGUAACAUAAACCAGAGAUUAAAAUGAGAGAGCCCACUAAUGGAUUUUUGCAUACAAAAAAAAAGUUGGAUUUUUGAAUUUUUUUAAAUAGAGCCAUUGGAUUAAAAGUAGAUUUGCAGCAUUUUUGGAGAAAUUAUUUCUAUUCCCUUUCCUAUUCCCAUGAAUGUUUUGCACACUAGAAAUGUUGGGUGGAUGUUUGAGGAAAAAUGAAAUUAGUUAAGAGCAUACGUGUGAACUUUCUGCAGAUAGUCUUUGUGAGAAAUGAAAAAGUAUAAUAUGGGACAGCAUUUUAACACCAACUGUUUCUAGACUACUGCUGCAGUUGGUAGAAUAUUCCACCCAGUGUCUAAAUUUUGUAAAGCCACCUAGUCUGUACCACCAGGUGAGGACCUCCCUCUUGGGAUUCAGCCUCCUUAGGACUUUGCAAACUAGAUAGGACUAUGUUACUAACACUGUUUGUAUAAUCUGUGAGAGCCAGAUGGAAAGGGACUUUCCUGUGUGGGCAAAAGAUGCAGCUUUCCCAAGAGAAUGGUCUUUGAUAGGUGAAUAAGAUUGGGCAACAUAGUUUAGCUUCUUAGAUCUUUCUUCCCUUUCUCUGCCCAAACUCUUCUUCCCUUCUCUUGCCCCAAAGAAAGAAAAAAAGCCUACAACAUACUACUUAGUUAUUGGGUUCUUCAGUAGAACCCCUUCUUAACACAUUUCAUAUAUAAUGGCAGCCUGUCUGAUUUUACCAGCAAUGGCAUAUCCCUGACUAGAGUAUAAUGGCACAUCCACUGUGUUCAUUUUCUCACUUCUAGCUUCAGUAGAAUUUUAAAUGCUGAUGUAGUUUGUGAUAUAUCAGCACCUAAGGAGGUAAUCUUUAUUCUUUUAUUCUUUUCCUGUGGUAUGUCCCUAUCAGAUUCUAGCCCACGCAUGCACAAGUGCGCACGUACAUACACACACACACAUACACACACACACACACACACACACACACAAUUUUGGCAGAGACUAAUUAUUCUAGAAUGAUAUCAGUCAUAGUAAAAAGCAAUAACAGUUCCUAUAAAAAGUAUUGAAGAAGGUGAGCAGGACAGAGAUUUAGCUAGUUCUUAAAUCAGGAUUGCAGUGAUUUUUUUAAAUUUUUAAUCAUGGGUAAUUACGUCUUUGAAUUAGUCCCCACCUCAGAAAAGACAUGAUUAAAGCAGAGCCCUUUUCUAAAUGCACAAUUGUUACAAUAGUCAGUUUAGGUCUGCUUUUUGUAUUGCUUUUAAUUGUUGGUUAAAUAAAAUGGUUUGUGGGGUUACUUUUUUUAAACUCUCUUUGACUGUCAUAAUGGUCAAACCAGUUGUGCCUGUAGAUACAUCCAAGUGUGUUUCCUUUCUCUUUUUUUUUUUGUGAUGUUGGGUGUGAUAUUUUUGUUUUAUGUGUGUUUUAUUUCUUUUAAAGAAACAACCUUUUGUAGUAGAAGUACUCUUGCCAAUAAAGAAUGAAAUAUUUGUAUUACUAGAGAUUUGUUCCAACCAUCUGAUCACCUUGGCAGGCUAGACACCUUGUCCAAUCCCCACUCCCUGUCUAACAUGUUUUAACCAUAGUUUAAGAAAAUCAGGCAUGAAAUUUGCAUCUGACAUAGAGGAAAACAAAGCAAAAGAAUGAACAUCUUUCCUUUUUUUAUUGAGGGAGGGGUAAAGUUAGUUAGGUUGGGGGUGUUUUGACUAAUAUCCUGUGUUGCAUUUGUAUAUGUUAAACCCUGUUUGAACACGUGUGUGUGUGUGUGUGUGUGUGUGUGUGUGUGUGUGUGAGUGUGUGUGAGACUUAGGAGGAAAUUUCAGGAUAGCUUAAGCAUUGAAAUUCAAUCUGGGCACAAAUGUAUGGAAAACGGACCAAACUUGGGUGGUGAGUAUUUAGAGGGACUGGGGAGGGAAUAGUUACAGGGACAAGGAUAUGGUGAUGAGGGUGGGAAAUAAAUUAUAAUUAUCUGAAAUAAAAUGUAAGAGUGCAAUAAAUGUGCUUUUUAUUCAAAGCUGUGAAGUUUAAAAAAAAAAUCCUACAAAACACACCAUUCCUUCCUAAUCCUUUUGUGUGCUCCUUACCUGAUUGAAACCAGCUAUUUAAACUUAAGCCUUUUUGUUCUUGUUCAUUUCUAACAAAUGUUCAGCCUACAUGUCUUAUUAUUUUCAUGUUCUAUCAUUAGUUUACAGACUUGUACAUAUAUAAGCUAUGUUUUUACAUUAUUUGAAAACGUAUUAGAUCCUCAGUGUAUCCCUUUGUUCUACCAUGUAAUGACCUAAUGGUCAAACUUGGUCUCCAUUAACACCAUCUAGAUUUGAAGUAUUAAAUCUCAGUGUUGUGUGUAUGUGAUGAUCUCAUGUGUCAGUUUGCACACUUUGUCCUUCCUUUCUUUGCCUCCCUCUCCCCACUGACCCCCUCCUCCCAACUGAGCUGAUUCUCCUAGAAGGAUACAACUGAUCUUUCUCCCCACAUGGGGAAUUCAAUUCCACUGUUCUGUUGACAUAUUUCCCUUGGUGUGUCACAUUCAGUAGUUUAGCUGAAAAGAUAAUUGUGGUUGUUAUUUGGUUUGAACAGUGUGAAAGAGAAAGCUUCCUUCGUCCUUCCUUUUUCAUACAUAUCCUGGAUUGAAGACAGCUCCAAUAGGGAGAAGAAGGGGAAAGUCUUCAUUUGAAUGACCCUUCCCACCCUAUUACUCUAAAUUAUGUAGUAACAUAUGCAAGCCUUCCUCUCCACUGUGUUACUGCCAAAGUUUGGAGAGGGUCCUAUAGAAUUUGUGGUAUAUAGGCAUUGAAAAUUUGGGGUCUUUUCAUAAUUGUCCAUAGAUAUCUAUAUCUGCUUUUGCAGAAAUCACAAGUAAUUUUAUUUAACUUUUUUCAAGUCAGUCAUAAAAAAAAAAAACACCUCAGAUUGGUGACAUUCCCUUCCUCUCCUCUUGUCACAGAGUGAUUGCUUGUUCAAAUUACUUUUCUGAUUCCCACUCCCUUUCCUUAUAUCUGGGUCCCCUUUCCUACUCAGGUCCCUUCAUUUGUACCUUGGAGUUUUUUCUCAUGUAAAUUUAAACAAUGGGAAAUAUUGUUCAGUUGGUUAGAGAGCAUGGAGAUUUAAAACAACAAAACAACUGAAAUUCAGAUUGAGGAAAAUUAUUUCUGUGUAAAGUUAUUUAAAGAACUCUGUAUUAUAUAAAAGGCAAAAAGUUCUAUGUACUUGAUGUGAAUAUGAGAAUACUGCUAUAAUAAAGAUUGACUGCAUGGAGAA